ACGACGUCAUUCAAAUAAAAUAUACAAAAGCUUUUAUCAACCAAAUCGAAAAAUUUCUAUACUCGAUAUGUUAAAUCAGUGUAAAAUAAGAAAAUGAUAUUCAAUCACGAAAACUUUAAAACUUUUUUAACUGUUUGGCUCAGUAUGUAGGGAUUUUUUUUCGGCGUUCACGAAUGACUAGAAAAUCAAACUAAAGGAUUUGAAUUUGUUAUCAAAGACUUAAAUGGGAUUUUAGGCGGAUUAAAAAAAUGAAAUGAAAGUUUUCAAAUAGAGAUUAAGGCCAAGAACAAGGAUUUUAAAGAUUUUACCAUCUAUAUAUAUGAUUUGAAUGAGUUCCGUCAGAUUUACAAAACCGUUUCUGCAACAUGCCGUUGAGAACGUUACUUGGCUACGAACCGAGAAAUGUUCCUUCUAGAGAAAGCUUCGGGGGAAACUUCAUUGCUGCACAUAAUCGCGGAGUCAUGGCAACCAAGAAACAGAAGUACCAGGCACCAAUGGCACGUGUCAGGAAACUUCCGCCAAUCGACGAGGAGAACGCUGUUACCCCUCGAACAACAGCGCGAAAUACUAGAAACGUUUCUAUACGCCGAGUACCAAGAUCGGUGUUCGAAAACGACGACGACUUCUUUCCGCGGUCCUCUCCAGUGAAACAAAGACCUGUUUUACAAGUUCAACCAGUGCCGCGUGCGGCAUCUCCGCCACCUAUAGACAAAUACAUUAGCGAACCUAAAAAGUCAAUUCCUUUGCACUAUGACCUAUCACCUAAGGAUGUGAAUCAUACGAUGGUAGAUGGAUUAGUUGCAGAUUAUUUACACUAUUCGAGAUAUGGUCAUAUAAUACCCGUGUAUGAAGGCACCAGUAGCACGACAUGCCCGUGCUGCACGGAUAGGAACCGCCAAAACGUGAGAUCAUUGCUUGGUUUUCCAAAAGGCGUUGUUGCUGAUACGCCAUCUAAAUAUGAACAUAUCCCUACAAAAUAUGAUCAAAAAUCGUCCAUUAGAAAUAUAAAAAUGGACGAAGACCUUGGUAAAGAUGUUUCCAUGUAUCCAAAUUCUUUAUACGCACAAAUGCAAAGGCGGAAGGCGCAAAUGAAAGAACCAACACCGGAAGAGAAAAGACUACAACAAAUAGCCCAAGAAUCUCGUCGGCAAGGUUGGAUGAACUACCAACCGUUACCAUACGCAACAAACUACCUAAACCCGGAAUUUAACCGUCCGACAGAGAUGAAAUCUCUGUUAUAUGACACUAACACGUCUACAACCCCGGGACACGUGAAAUAUCAAGUGCUAGAGGCAGAUAGUAACUUUGAUAGUGCUAUGCAUAAAUUAAGCGGAUAUACCUAGUAUUAAACUAUGUCAGUGUUAUUUUUUUGGUUAUUUUUAACACGAAAAACGUGAUAUACUAAUAUUGACGAAGAUGUAUGAGGAAAAAAACAGCAACAGAAAACAAUCGUAAAUAUGGAAAUGAAAGAUGUUUCACCGGGCAUCUUGUGUGAUUUAGUUUAAUUUCGCGUGUUUACAAUUCAAUUGCUUAUUUAAACAUAAUCUAUUGCGCACUGUCAGUAUAAGUCAAAUUUUAGAACUCUUUAGAAAAUACAUACACACGAUAAAACUUAAGUUAAUAUAUAGUACAUUUAUGAAUUCAAAAUUCUCAUUAUCAAAGCGUGUCACAGUUUUGUAAUGUGCUUUAAUGUCACAGUUCGAUAUAGCGGUUCACAAUCUAUAUUAUCGUUAUGUGUAUCAGAAUACUCAUCAAAUAUAGCAUUUCCUGAAUGACACGAUUUUUAUAUACCUAAGUCUUUUAGAUAUACAGUUGUUGUUUACUUAUGUCACACGCUAUGCUUAUGUUUAUUAUUGUUAAGGUAUUUCUCGGUAAUUUAUUCAUGCACAGUUUGAAGCAUUCAAUGCUCGCUCAAAUAGCCACAUUUUCAUUAUAAUAAUACUUUAUGUGAAGACCUCAAACUUACACAUGUUACAAUCCAACAUUUUUUCAGACAGAGUUGUAGCCCCUUUUAUGUACAUUUCCUAAACAGCAUGUAAACGUAUUAUAGAUCUACUCAUAGCUAAUUAUUUUCAUUAAUGUUAAUAUAUUAUAGUAACAUUAAUGAAAAUAAAGAGCUUAAGUUUAAAUCAUUUUUAUUAAAAACCGUAGUGAUCAAUUAUAUUGUGAUAACUUGAGAAUGGAAUAUUAUAUUGUAGACAUAUUUGUUAUCAUAUCAUUAUUUAUAUCAUGUACAUUAUCUACGUAAUAAAUACAUAUAACAUUCCGCA